AUGAAGACCACAUCACUCAUCCUAGCGCUUCUCGCCGCUGCUGAAGCCGUCAACAUCCCCAGCACUGGAACUACCUCGCUGAGGGAGGAAGCGGCCAGGAAAGAUCUUCUAAUCGGGUCCGGGGCGAUCAAUCCGACUUACCUCGAUGAUCCCCAGUUCGCAGCCGUCCUCGCCCUGCAGUUCAACAGCCUUUCUCCCCAGAACGAAGGGAAAUGGUCAUCCUUCAACCCGGCCGCUGGCCAAUAUAACUGGACCUCGCUCGACCGCCUCGUUGAUUUCGCGGAAAAGAAUGAUAUGGUGGUCAAGGGUCACGGACUUAUCUCGGGCUGCUGUAACCCCGACUACGUGCUCAACAUCACCGAUCCCAAGGCCCUUCGUGCUGUAAUGACAGCUCACUUCGAAGCGUUCAUGCAACGCUACGACAGCAAGAGGGUAGAUCGGUGGGACGUUGUGACCGAGCCCCUCGAAACAGAGGGUGGCGGCCUCCAAGCCAACUUCUUCUAUAAUGUACUUGGUUCCAGCUACAUCGCAGAUGCCUUCCACAUUGCUCGAGCAGCUGGGCCAAACGCCAAGCUGUUCCUCAACGAGAAUCUCGACGCGCUAUUCCCUUCCAAGCGUCAGGAACUCUACGACCUGGUCUCCGGACUCGUGGCAGACGGCGUUCCAAUCGACGGUGUUGCCUUAGAGACACAUAUAACCGAAAUCGCCCCAAAGCCAGGCAUGCUCACGGACAUAGUCAACUCCUACAAGGCACUGGGACUGGAAGUGACAAUCUCUGAAAUGGAUGUGCACACGCUCAACAACACACUCGAGACCGAUAUCUACGGCGCCGUUGUAAAGGAGGCUCUCGAAGCAGGGAUCACCGACAUUAGCUUUUGGGGCUUCACGGAUAAGCACCUCUACACCUGGAUACCGGGCGCAAAGCCAUUGAUGUUUACAGAAACUUACGAGCCCAAGACUGAGUUCUACGCAACUCACACGAGCCUAGCAAGCUUUGUCAACGCGUCUUAG